CUCUUUGGAGCUGUCACAUAACUCGGGUCCUGAUCGUACGCAGUAAACGGAUCUUGUUUCUGUGUUCGCAGACGUAGCCACAGGGACUCUCCUGGAGUUCGCAGAAGGAGCCAAAGCAAUGCAGGCCCACUCAGGAACAAAGCAGACUGAAUCGGAUCCCUUCACGGUGCAUAAUCACGCGGCGGAAAACAACAAUACCGUUUGGGAGCUGGAGGACGGUCUGGACGAGGCGUUUUCAAGACUCGCUGAGUCUCGCACUAACCCCCAGGUCCUGGACAUUGGGGUAAACCCUCAGGACUUGAACAACGACGAGUGCCUCUCCUCGGGCAAAUGGGACCAAGACGAGACAGACUCACCUGCACAAAAAGAGACGUUUGAGUUCUAACGGGAAGUCUUUGCCAAGAAGAACAAGAAAGGGAGGAAAAAAAAGGAGGGCAAAUGGUGGUAAAACGGCUACAGAUGCUGAUGUGAGACCAGCACAGGCGCCCACCUUCUCCCUGGUGCCACGUCCUCUAAACGUCUCUGUCUAAGGAUCUCUGACGCGUCUGAAUCCACACGAGCAGAGAAGGAAAACACGAGCUGACUGCUCGCUCAACAGGCCAAAGCAAUACAAACCUUUCAAACCCCUUUUUUAUUUUAAGGAAAAAAACAUGCAGCCCAUUCAUGUUUUGUUCCAGUCAGUCUGAUCUUGUGUUUUUUUGUUUACCCAUUCACCUUCACUGUGUGUACUGUGAUACAGAACGCUUGUGAGAGCUACUGCGAGCUCAACAAGUGUGUUACAGAUCAGAUGCUAACUCACCCGUUCCCCUGCGGGGUUCAGCAGCAAGUUACUACCUAUAUGUGUGUCACAACUCCAGCGUUUUGUUGGUCAACAAAAGCUUUAAAGUAUGUGUCAGAACAAAGUGACAAUCCUAUUUUUUACUAUUGCAAAAAACUAUUUUUGCAUUCGGCGGUUCUUCAUCGGCAAAAGCACAGCAUUCAUGUCGGACAAUUAAGUGUCAAGCAUUGAACUCAUUUAUGCUUUCACACUAAUCCCUUUUCCUCCUGAACUUGGGAGAAAAAAAGAUUUAACAGCUCCGAAUUGCCAAGCUAAAGUUGUGAUGAGGAUUGAUCGUAGUAAUUGAUCAUAAUUCUCACUCAGGCUCGAGGCUCGGUCAAGAAAAGGAGCUAGCUACCAGUUUCUUUACCCGAUAUGGUCUCAUUUGUUUAUUUAAACUCUCAGAUUCAGACUUGUUAAACAGACAUCUGUCGAAAUAUGUUACAGUGACAUUCAAAGUUUACCGUUUUUCAUUUUCCACCAACAAGGACUCUUCCCAGUGUUAUUUUUGGUGUUUGUUUUUGCAUUAAUUUAAAUUGCAUACAUUUUAAUAAAAAUGUUAUAAUCUUUCA